AUGACGGUGAGUACAAGUUCUCCUUGGUUGUUUAAGUGCUAUCUAAAUGAAUGAUGUGCUAUUGAUGUCAUGUGUGCAAACAAUAUGUCUUUAUUUUGCAGAUGGCUUCACCUGUGAGACUCCCGGCUGGUGCUAGCGACAACGCCGACGUACGAGAAUUACGCCUUAGAUGCCAGGUUUUAUCUGUAAGUAAAUGAACAGCACAAUCUAUUUAUGUGAAUUCUACUUUAUAGUUACACGAGUAAAGUAGUGGAUUUACAUUAUUUCAAUUGGACUGUGGUUGAUGAGAAGUUUGUGUUUGGCAAUUAAAAAAUUGUACGGGAUCUGAUUUGACUGUUAUUAAGUGUUGUGGUGUAUUAUCUAGUGGUGUGGAGAUUGUUUUAUAGGGAGAAGAUUUAUAUAUAUGUAAUAGUGGUAGGUAUUCUGCUAUUAAGGACAUUAUGAAGAAGAAUGUUUUUGUGUGAACACAGUACAACAACAUUUCUUUGUUAUUAAGUAGGUAACAGCUGCAUUGGUCACAUUAGACAUGUGAAGUACUGCAGAGAACAAAUUCUUUAGAUGGAGAAGUGAAAUUAAAUGAAUUGCAUGUUAAUUGUGUGUGUGUUGUUGUUCUUGGGAGAUUAAAGAUAAGAUUUAUGGUUAAAUGUAUGUGUUGUUGUGGAGAAUCUUGAAAACGUAAAAAAUACAAUUGGACUGUGUAGAAUUCAGAAGACAUUUUGCUUCUUAUCUAAGAAGCUUCUUCAUUUCAUAAUUGAUAGUGUGGGGAGCAGAACUGUGUCUUACUGAAGAAAUACACAGAAAACAACUGGGAAGUGUUAGGUCGUCAACUUUGGGUGUGUCCCCUUUUAUUUUAGUUCACCAGGAAGGGUUAACAAAGCCCCUGUGAUGUAACCACACCCAGGGUAUUCAUCCCAGCUGUGAGUUUGUAUGUUGAUGUCUGAAACUGGUCUUUAGGUUCAAAUGAGCCUAAUUUGUGUUUUUGUUGUUAAUAUGAUCAAUUAUUCCUGUCUGUUUUUUGGUUCCAGUAUGCAAUACAGGACCAAACCCUGGAUAGGGGUGCCCUGUUUCAGGAGAGCAUGGCAUGCCAUACAUACGUAAUAAACACCACAACAAGGAUGGCACGGCAAAUGAAAGCUGCCACAGUACGCUCUGAAUGUUUACAGAGAGAGCUAAACUCUUACAAAGAACAAGUUUCAAGGUUGAAGCAGGACAACCUCACGCUGACAAAACAGUUAGAGGCAGCCCAACUGAGUCUGGAGAACUUGUGUAAGUAUUACAUGGGUCAUAUGGGUAAUUCUCAUUGGUGAAAAUUGUUGUUUUAUUAAUAAGUCAAAGUACUGUAAUAUGUAGUUAAUAUUAGCACCCAUUGAAGUUGUUGCGUUAAUAUAUGUUUACAUGUGUGUAAUUUGUUUUUGACUGUUGUGUGUCAUAAAAAUGCUUUUGUCUUUGUAUGUGUUGUUGUGUAUUUUGUCAGUAUAUUUCUAAUAGGUGAAAUGUUGUUUGAAAUAUUUUUAGAUGGACCUGACAACCUAUUCGACACUGUGGAUAAGGCUGGUGAGCUUGCCAGCAAUCAGUCAGAAUUGGAAAGUAAGUAUGUGGCAAUGUUUGUAAUUACCAAUUUGUCACAAAGGAUAUAAGUUGGUAAUGUGAAGCCAACAAUAAGGUUAUGUUUUUGUGUUCUUAUUGUCAUGUUGACAUGUUGCAGAUCCCAUUGUUAUGUAGAGUGACAGUGAUAUUGUAAAACAUUAUUAACAUUGAUUUGAAUCAUUUGUAGGUGUACCACCAGAAAAGGCAGCUGCAAGCCCUUCCACAGCAGCUGGGGAAGGAGUGGCUGUUGCCGUUGAAGUCAUGGAGGAGGGGGGGAAUAUACAGAAUGCAUCUGACUUAGGAGUUGUGGAAGAUUGA